UUAAAAAAUAAAAUAAAAAAUUACUACGUACUUUCAAGAGCGUACACGUGAGAGAGAAGUGUAGCUUCAAGGUGACUCUCUCUCUCUCUCUCUCUCUCUUUCUCUCUCUCUUCUCUCGAUUAGUUCAUCUUCGCGAUCGAUUUAGAUCACUUUUUUCAAGCUAAAAUGGCGACGUUCGAACUUUAUCGUAGGUCGACAAUCGGAAUGUGCCUCACUGAGACUUUGGACGAGAUGGUUCAGAAUGGAACUCUUAGUCCUGAGAUUGCGAUUCAGGUUCUCGUUCAGUUUGAUAAGUCUAUGACUGAAGCUCUGGAAACACAAGUUAAAAGCAAGGUCUCUAUCAAGGGACAUCUGCAUACAUACAGAUUUUGUGACAAUGUUUGGACCUUCAUCUUACAAGAUGCUUUGUUUAAGAAUGAAGACAACCAAGAGAAUGUUGGACGGGUUAAAAUAGUGGCAUGUGACUCGAAAUUGCUCAGUCAGUAAUAUGCUCAAUUUCUAUCGUAUUGUCAACGAGGAGCUUAUCAUCUGCUGGUACCAUGGAUUGGUGGUUAGACCAUAGUGACGGAUGUGGCCUUCAGUUCUUGCAGGAACCAGCAUCUACACUAUGUUAUUAUAGAUUUAAAAGGCCUUCAAUCUUCAUGUUAUUAUUAUGUAAUUCAUGUUACAUUGAGAAUAUCACUUGGGAACUGGAUGAAUCUAUUAUUUAACUGUAUUGAUUUCUAUUUGACCAAAAAAAAAACUGUACUCUGUUCUAUUCUUCCAUGAGCUCUAUGUAAACAAAUUUAUAUCUCUCUGGGCAAACUUCUAUGGUUUGAGUAUUA